AAACGAAAGAAAGAGGGGGAAAAAAAACAAACAAAAAAAAAGCAAAGAAAGGUUCCCAUUGGAAAGAAUCCCAAAGUGCAGAGCGCAGUCCCCGCAGCGAUAAGCGGCUCGGACCGACGGGACAACGCAGCCCCGGGGGGAGCGGGGCCGGAGAGGAGCGGGGACAGUGGGAGGGGCGGCUGCGGUGGGAGCAGCCCCGCGGAAGCGGAACGGGCCGCGGAGAGAGGAGGGCCGCGGCAGCGCGACCUCAGUACCGGCUGCGGGAGGAUUGGACGUCGGGUGACCUCACUGCUCGCGCGCAUCCGUGGGGUGAUGGAGUUCCAGAACAGGAGCUUCAGGCGAUGGAUGGAGGAGUUCCACGGGAUGACCGAGCUCCAGGACACGCACGAGAAUCCGUGGGUGGAGGAGUUCCCGGAGGUGUGGGCACGGUACAACAUGGACUGUGGGCUGGUGGCCGAGGAGGUGGAGGUGACCGGGGGGCCGGUGCCGUUCCAAGAAGAGAGGCAAUUCCCGAAGCACUUGGAUGGGGUGGUGGCCUCGCUGGUGCAGGAGAUGCUGGAGGAGGGCAUCGUGGUGCGGGGCAGGUCGCCCUCCAACAGCCCGCUGAGCCUCAUGCCCAAGGGCGACGGCUCGACUUGGCGGCUGACCAUCGACUGCAAGGAAAUCAACCGCGUCACCGACCGGCAGCCGACAGAGUCCCUGGACAGGACGAAGGUGGUGGCGAUGCUCAGUCCUCGCAGCCGCUAUUUCUCCACCCUCGAUCUGUCCUGCUGCUCCUUCGCCAUCCCACUGACGGCCGCCUCCAGCCUCAGGUUCGCCUUCACCUUCCAUGGGCGGCAGUACCUGUUCACCCGCCUGCCGCCGCGCUUCCGCCACACCGUCAGCAUCGUGCACCGCCGCGUGGUCCGCAUGCUGGACCAGCUGCCCCCGGAGGACAGGGGCUGGGUGUUGUCUUUCACAGAUGAUAUAAUCAUCACUGGGAAGACCCGCGAGGAGACCGCGUCCCGCACGAGGAAUGUCCUGCGGCUCAUCCAAGCCACCGGUUUUAAAGUCAAGCUGGAGAAGGCGCAGCUGGUGCAGCCCGAGGUGGACUACCUGGGGAUGAAGCUAUCGGCGCGGGGCCGGGAGCUGCAGGCGAGCAAACGGGAGUACAUCGCGAACGCGCCGCCCCCGUUGGACUCGAGCAGCCUCCGCUCGCUGCUGGGGAACCUGGGCUCGCAUCAGGACCACGUGGAGGGCUACGCGGAGCUGGCGUGGCCGCUGCAGCAGCUUCUGAAUCCUCAUCAGGAGUGGCAAUGGGGCCGGGAGCAGCAGUGGGCGCUGCGGAGGCUGAUCCAAGCCGUCCUGGCGGCACCGGCGCUGCGCUUUGUCGAUCGGUCGCAGCCCUUCGUCAUCAGGCCGACAGCGGGCAAGGAGGUGACGGGGGCUGCUCUGCUGCAGGAGGACGAGAAGGGGCGGAUGGUGCCCGUCUGGUUCAAGUCCCACGUGCUGAAGGGGCACCAGGUGUUCUUCUCGCCCGAGGAGAAGGACUGCGUGGCGGUGCUCAGAGCAGUGCACGCCUUCCAGGAUCUCAUAGGGCCGGCUCCGAUCGUCAUCCAAAUGCCGCGUUCCUCGUGGAAGUACCUCCUUUGGGGUGACACCGAGACCUUCUGCUGGCCGACCCCCUGCAAGAAGCAGUGGAACUUGCUGCUGGUCAACGGGGGGGAAAACAUCCCCAGGGCCCCACAUCCCUCGGGCGCGCCGGUGCGUGCCGCACCUCCCCUAAAACAUCUGCUACCCUAUGUGCCCCACAGCGACGUGUGGUUCACAGCAGGGAGCUGGGCCUGUGUGGCAACCUUAGGCUUCGCUGCCACCAACCUGGAGGAGCGCUGGCUGCUGGGGUUAAUGCAGCACGGCUCGCCGGCGGGCGUGGAACUGGAGGCCAUUAGGGUGCUGCUGCAGGAGCACCGGAGCUCCAAGCCCCUGUACGUCUAUGCCAAUGCCCACUGCGUGGUGCAAGGGCUGCAGGAUGGGGACAGCAAGGACAGGAAGGUGGGUGGUGAGCGGUUGUGGGAGAGCAUCCUGCAGUGGGUGCACGCCAACCCAGGGGUGCUGCAUGUUGGGCACAGCAAGGAUGGGGAAGAGCUGCAGUGGAACCAGAAGGUGUUGGAGAGGGCGCGGAGCAUCCAGGCGUGGGUGUUGAACGCUCGUGGCCAGCGGGUGUGGGAGCCGUCCAAGCAUGAGAAGCAGGAGAUCGUCGCCCUCAGCCAUAGCGGGCACGUGGGGAAGGGGAAGACGCUGAGCAGGGUCUGGAAGGUGGCACGCUGGGAAGGGGACCGCGAGCAGGUGGCACAAUGGGUGCAGCGCUGCAGCUGCUUCAGGAGCCCCCCGCUGCCCCAGCGCAUGGAGGGGCCGUGGUCGCGGCUGCAGCUGACCCGAGUCAAGGGGCUGCCCCCCUCCUCAGAGAAAUACUCCUCCCUGCUGGUUCUGCUGGAUGAGUUCUCGGGGUGGGUGGACGCCUUCCCAAUGCGGGAAGGCAACACCAAGGAGGUGGCCGAGCUGCUGAAAGGGCACGUGGUGCAGCGGCUGGGGAUGCCGUGCUGUGUCACCGUGGGGCAGUCCGAGCGCUCCCUGCAGGACGCGGUGCGGAAGGGGCUGGAGAUGGGCGUGGAUGUGCAGUACCCGUCGCCCAACUGGGUGGCAGACAUUGCCACCAGCCUGCAGCGGCUGGGCGUGGAUGUGCAGUACCCGUCGCCCAGCUGGGUGGCAAACAUUGCCACCAGCCUGCAGCGGCUGGCCCAGAGUGCGGGCAAACACUGGGCCGACAGCAUAUUGCUCAUUGUGGCUGCCCUUAGGGCCACGUGCGUGCGCAGCGCGGUGCUCAGCUCCUACCAGCUCUGCUUCCAUCACCCGCUGGUCCUCAAGGUCAGCCCCUGCGAGGAAGAGGCAGCGCCUGGCCCCACAGAGCCCCUCCUGCCCUGGCUGGCACGGCUGCGGGACGACAGGGCUGAGUACAAGAAGAAGGUGGAGGAGGCCGUGGAGAGUGAUGAGUGUGAUGCUGAGUAGGGCUUGGGGGCUGUGGGAUGGCACUGCUCCUGUUGUAGAAUCGGAGAACCAUUCAGGUUGGAGAGGACUCUAAGAUCACCAAGUCCAACCCCACCCCAUCCCCAGUGUGCCCACUAACCGUGCCCCCGUGCCAUGGAUAUCCACACUUGUGUCCGUUCCCCACACCCAUAGGAUCUGUAGGCUCAGCCACUCCAUUCCUUUCAUAUAGAAUCCCAGAAUCAUGAAGGUCGGAGAAUACCUCAAAGAUCACCAAAUCCAACCCCACUCCAUCCUCAUCAUGUCCCCAGGUGUCUCAUCUCCACAUUUUUUUACUACCUCCAGGGACAGUGACCCCAUCACCUCCCUGUUCCAAUGCCUGACCGCAGAAGAAAGGGAGGAUGCCACCAACAUGAAUGCUCAGGGCCACCGACCCGACCCUGUCUGAUGAGGGAGGCAGUGCUGGGAGCCCAGCAUGCAUAGUCGCUGAUGGACAGGGCACGGGAGAGGGAGAGGAGCUGGAAGGGGUUGAGUGCAUGUGAAAUGGGGCCAGACCCUGCAAUCUGUUCUAUCUUGUACUUUUUUUUAUCUGGGGCCGGUCACCACAGCCUGCCCUGUCUUGUAUUUUCUUAUUAAAAUCUUUUCUAAAUCA